AUGACACCUCAAAGAACGCCAAGUGUUUCUGAUACAUCGACAUCAUCAGCUCAAGAUACCUCUCAAAGCAGUGGUACUCGACGCAUACUCCCAGCUGCUCGCCCCCGACCGGCUGAGAGUUCUAAUCAUGCUUAUCAGACUGCUCCCUUGGCAAGAAAACGAGCUCCAACGGCCUUGGCAUGUGAAGCAUGUCGACAGAAGAAAAUAAAGUGUAACGGAGUUCGACCGGUAUGUUCUCAAUGUCGGGCGCGGAAACUCGAGUGUGUGUACAGACCGUCGCCAGAAACAGACUAUCGUGAUAAAUACGAAUCACUUCUAGAAUCACACCCUGCAGCCGUUGUAUAUCGAGCUAUUCAAACACGCCCACGAGCUGAAGCACUCGAAAUCGUUCGACGGAUUCAAGCUGGUGUCGAUGCCGAAACCUUGAUGCGUCAACUUUCAAGCGCCGAUUUACUCCUCCAAGUACAGCUCGUGCCAGAGACAAGAUCUCGAUAUCAGUUUAUUUACUCUCCGCUUAUGCCGACGUAUCUUCAGACUGAAGACAAUCCCUUCAUGAGAUCUCUCAUACAUGAAUGGAGUACAAGAGAUGAUGUUGUUAGUAUUGCAUCUCCGGUUAUUACCGAAACAGAUUUAGGAUAUCGGGCACAGUAUUUGACACCUCAUCACGCAGCAACCAUCGUUGACUCAAGGCUGGAUGAGAUAGUGCCUUCGAGAUGGACUACUGUGGACGCCAGCGAUAAUACAACGAGGGAGCUUAUACGCUUUUAUUUCCUUCAAGAAUAUGACUGGUUCACAUUCUUUCAUAAGGACUAUUUCUUAGACGAUAUGAUCAGUGGAUCUAAUACAUUUUGCUCAUCACUUCUGGUCAACGCUGUUUUGGCAGUUGGAUGCCAAUGUCGAAAUUCUAUAUCUGAGCCCGCAGAGUUCUGGAAUCCCAAUAGCCUUGGUUACAAAUUCCUUGAAGAAGCGAGAAGACUCUGGAUAGUUGAGGUGACGCAUAACAGAAGCUUGACAACGUUACAAGCAGCUCUUGUUUUGACUACUAUCGUCAAUAUGUUUGAUAUGGAUCCUUUAUCCUCAGCUUUCCUCGUCCGGUCAAUGGAAAUAGCACAUGAGUUGGGGUUGUUCGAACCGACGACCUACAUUAUGAACAAGAAGCUGAGAAACUCAUAUGAUCUUACGGCCUGGUCUCUGUUCCACUGGCAAUGUACAUUGAGUUGCCAAUUCAUGACCCAGCCGUUGUUGAAAACGCCACCAAAGACUCCGCUUCCCGAUCCUGACCGCGAUCCAGACUGGUUUGGAGAAAUUUGGCUCAAAUAUCCUUCGAGUACAACACUGGUCCCACUGCGUAUUGCCUCGGUUUUCAAAGCAAAGAUAAACUUCAGCAUGGUUCUUAACGAGGCCAUGCUGAGGAUUCAGGAAGAUUCACCUGAUUCUUACUUAUUCCGAAAUGGGGCUACGAACAUCAUUGAGAUCGCGGAAAGAUUGGAUACAUGGUAUAAAGCUUUACCAGAGCCACUGUCGCCAACCAAGAUUGUUUCUCCUUCACAACUCAAGUUACAUCUCCAUUAUUGCUACGUUAUAAUCCAACUGUACGAAAUUCUCGCACCAGGAGGGCAAAGACAAGCCUCAAACCUCCCCAUCGAGGAAGAAGAACUCCAAAAGUCCCUCUCAAAGUAUCGAGGCUACUUCGAGACCAUACUACGAAUUCACUAUUUGCGACACAGCUUCGAGUACGGAAACAUGAUGCUAACGCGCUUCCUCGCAAUGCUAGCAUUCCUGUCCCUAAACAAAAUCCAAUCCUUGGCAACAUCAACCGAACCAGAACAAAUCAUAACUGGAUCUGGAUUAGAUGUUGGAGAUACAGAUCCUAAAGAAGCAAGAGCUACGCUUUUAAUAGCCCAGAAAGGUCUCAGCGAUCAGGGGAGGGGUUAUUACCUGCCAAGGACAUUGUUGCGGGAUAUUCUUACGAAUAUGACGGCGAGUGAUGCUAUGGUUCUUCAGAGCUUUAUAACGAUUCCGCCGGAAGGGCCGGAGAAGACGCAGGAGAGGAAGAUGUAUAUGGAGAGUCACUGCCCACCGGAUAUUCUACGGAUAGCGAAUGAUCCGAGUAAACAGCCGGAUGGGAACUGGAUACGACGGUUUGCGAUGUUGACACUGGGAGAGAAAUCUGGGCGUUCGAUUUUGGCGAUGAUAUCUGGAGGGAGGGAAGGUUAGGCUGAAGGUCAUUAAUGUCGGAAAAGGUAUAGACACUAUAGAAGACAAACUCUAGUGAAUAUUGCUA